AUGUCUACAUCAUUAGCACGUACCCUUAGAAAUAUUUGGCAGGUAGGAUUCAAAAGAUAUGCCAAACAAAUGAACUCUAUGGGUGAUGCCAAAUCAGGUACAUUAGUUGGUAUUGAUGAUCAUGGUAAUCAUUUCUAUGAGACAGAUCAUGAAGAUGAGAUUCAUCUACGUACUAGAUGGGUUGAGUAUGCUGAAACAAAUAAAAGAUGGGAUAUCUCACAAGUUGAACCAGGUUGGCAUUAUUGGUUGGGGUAUGGUACUGAUACUCCACCAAAUAAAUUACAAGGGGAAGAGAAAACUGUGAGGGCAUAUCCUGUUCCAAAAGUUCAUGCUCAGAAUUAUACAGGUACUCCUGGUGCUUAUGUCCCGUAUAAUACAGCAAAACCAAAGUUUGAAGCCUGGGAAGGGAAAGUCUCGGAAAGAACAGGUUGA